AUGUCGCGUCGCAAGCUGUCACAGUACACACACUACCCAACCUACCAACCCUCCGGUCUUCACAUCUUCACGUCUCAGCCUGGCAUCCUUCACAGACUGCAAUUUUCAACUGUUUUUGUUUUGAUUCUAAUGUCUUCAUUUGGUAUCCAUGUGAAAAGCACAUGUGUGCUCGGCCUUCCCACGAGUGCUCAUCAACGCCCGACUUUUUGUAGAACCCAAGCCUGCACCGAUGCUCAUGAUAUCCCUGAAACCUCAUAUGCUUAA